AAGGAGGGGGAACGGGCUGAUCUGGUGGUUUGUUCAGCCAUGUUAGUUUCGUUUGCUGUUCACAAGCGAUGAGAGAGGAGAGUCAUGGCCUUGUCAAUGAGUGGAGAGGAUGAGGAAUACGAGUCUGAGUCUGAGCAGCAGCGGGCAGCUAACCGGCCCAAACCCAAGAUGGGGACGUCAACCGUUAAGCUGCCGUCCAACCGCAGCACGUCUGGAGCCAGACGGAGGAGGACGCGCUGCCGUAAGUGUGAGGCGUGUCUGCGGACCGAAUGUGGAGAGUGUCACUUUUGUAAGGACAUGAAGAAGUUUGGUGGACCGGGGCGCAUGAAGCAGUCCUGCAUCAUGAGGCAGUGCAUUGCACCCGUCUUGCCCCACACUGCAGUGUGUGUUGUUUGCAAAGAGGCAGGGAAGGAGGACACACUUCAAGACGAUGAGGACAAAUUCAACUUUAUGUUAAUGGAGUGCUCCAUCUGCAACGAGAUUGUUCAUCCCAACUGCCUCAAGGUGAGUGAUGCAUCAGGAGUGGUGAACGAUGAACUUCCUAACUGCUGGGAAUGUCCGAAGUGCAACCAUGCUGGGAAAAGCGGAAAAUCCCCUUUGGUAUUGAAGCAAAAAAGGGGUCCGGGGUUCAAAUACGCCUCCAACCUCCCCGGCUCCUUGCUGCGGGAACAGAAACCUGGAAAAGAGGAAGGAGACGUUUCGUCCGUGUCCAAAAGGAAGCCGGAGCGGGAGGAAACGCCAAGACACAGACCAGAGGAUUCGAUCCACCGGCAGCCACCUCUGCUCUCCCCCAGCAACCUGCCACACUCCAGGCCUGAGGACAAACUGAGGAAGAAGAGGAAGUUGUUUGAUGAUGAUGAAGAGGAGGAUCUCAGUGUGAAGAGGAAGGAAAUCAAGACCGAAGAGGAUGAUGAAGACACAUAUGAGGAAGACGAUGACGAAGUAAGGGAGCCUCAAUUCCGGAGCAGCAUAGGUAGGAAAGGGCGGUUCGGAGAUACUGAAGACGAAUGGGAUUACAAGGACACAAAGACUGACCACUUGAAUCCCUCCAUCAAAACACCGCUUGGCGACAGCGACCAGUCACACUGCAGCUCUCCACAGGCCGGUCCCAGCAGCGAGGGCGGCAGCGAGACGCAGGAAAAGGGCCACCGUCCCAAAGCGCGGCGUAAGCGCCGCUUGCCUAACAGAGAUCUGAGCCGAGAACUGAGCAAAGAACUGAACCAAGAAAUCCAGAAGACAGAGGAUUCUUUGGCAAACGAGAACCGACAGCCUCUCAAAGUGGAGCCAGAAAUGGAAAACGAGGAGCCCAAGCGGCUGUUUCGCAACGGGAACGAGCUCUCUGAUCAACGGUCCCACCUCAAGACCAAAGAGAUGAACGGGACCCCCUGGGAACUGCGGCACUUUUACCCAAGUCGGAUCACGCCGCUCGGUUUUAAUCGUAGUACCCCAACAACACGGCCAGUCCCGCCACGCUCUCCGCCCAAGUGUGUCCAAAUGGAACGGCACGUCGUUCGGCCCCCUCCGAUAAGCCCGCCUCCUGAUAGGCUGCCCCUGAAAGACGGGAAAGCGCAUGUCAUGCAACGGGAGGUGUGGAUGAAAAUAUUCAGCUACCUCACACACCAGGAGCUGUGUGUCUGCAUGAGAGUGUGCAAGACGUGGAACAGAUGGUGUUGUGAUAAGCGACUCUGGACAAAGAUUGAUCUGAACCGCUGUACGUCAAUCACCCCCCUUAUGCUCAGUGGAAUCGUCCGCAGACAGCCGGUUUCCCUGGAUCUCAGUUGGACCAACAUUUCUAAAAAGCAGCUCAGCUGGCUUAUUAACAGGUUACCAGGUCUGCGAGUAUUGAAGCUGUCAGGCUGUUCUUGGGCGGCUGUUUCUGCACUCUGCACCUCCAGCUGCCCUCUGCUGCGCACCCUCGAUAUACAGUGGGUGGAAGGCCUCAAAGAUGCCCAGAUGAGGGACCUCCUCUCACCGCCUACAGAUAACAGACCAGGUCAGUUGGACAAUUGUUGCAAGUUGAGGAACGUGGAGGACCUGCGGCUGGCAGGACUGGACAUCACCGACGCGUCCCUGCGGCUCAUAAGUCGGCAGAUGCCUUUGCUGUCCAGGUUGGACCUGAGUUACUGCAACCAUAUUAAUGACCAGUCUGUUAACUUACUUACAGCAGCAGGGACCACAACCAGAGACUCCCUCACAGAAAUCAACCUAUCAGUUUGUAAUCGAGUUACAGAUCAUUCCUUAAACUUUUUCAAGCGCUGUGGAAGCAUCUGCCAGAUCGACCUCCGCUUCUGCAAGCAGGUGACCACGACGGCUUGCGAAAGGUUCAUUGCAGAGAUGUCAGUGAGCGUACCUUUCAGACUAAAAGAAGAGAAACUCCUACAGAAGACCAGCUAGCUCCUACCAGGACAAACGCGUUCAGUCUGUCUUUGCACUUAAUGGAACAACCGGUCCUGUGAUAAGUCUCUGAAUCACUGUCUUAGAUGAAACGAGGGAAAGAAAGCUGGGGUUCUCACUCAACUGAUAAAAAGGAAAAAGCAUGCAUGUAUUUCUGUUAAGGCUGUGCUUUUCUAAAGAUGUGGUUGUAAGUAACUGAGUUAUUUUUAUCCUUUUCAAAUUUUGAAAUUUGUAUUUUUGUAAAAGCAGCAUUUCAUAAGUUUAGUGUUCCAGGCAUGUAAGUACCACAGAGCCUGUUUGGCAUAGAAAAACAGAGAAUCCUUCUUGCCGUCACAUAUCAGUGUGCCAAUAUCAACAUUUGACAGCUCAUUUCCAUAUCAUAUUAAAUACUGCAUGUGAAGUGACUAAAUGGUCAUCAACUUUGCUUUUUUUGGAAUGUAUUUCAGUGAUUAUAAAAUAGUAAACGAACUGUAAAAUUCUGUUACACCCUCAUGUUUUACAUUUAUACUUUUUAAUGUUGAGUGUUCUGUUUAUUAGGGGUUUUUCUUCAAUAUUUCAACAUUAAUUUAUUUUUUUUAUUACAGUUUGUAUUUAUUCUGUGACUUUGACGAAGCCGUCUUACACGAGUUAAAGUAAUGCAUCUAAUUUAUCAGCUCUGAGCCUGUGGCAGUAUGCAGUCGGUGGGAUUUGACUCCCACAAGUCAGUCAAAGGAAGUUGACAGAACAAACCUCGAGGCCCACGCGUCUGGUUUUCUAUGGUGGCAUCUUAUUAUGACCUUUGUGAAUAUUCCUGUAAAUUCAAACCCUUGCUUCAUACAUUGCCUGUUGUAUUUUGGGUGUUGUGCUGUCCUCUAUUGCCUCAGGUGAAUGUGAUAUUGUUUAUAUUUGUAAAUCUUAAAAUUAAGUGCUGAAAUGCAUUAAAAGAUUUUCAUUUGUAUCCUAA